AUGGGCCAGCCCAAUCGGAAGCGAUCGCUCUCUUCCUGUGCGUUUGGUCGACAUUUCGACGCAAAGAGCGUCAAAUAUGAUUUUCCCUGGCCGCCUCUCUGCCGCUGCCGCCGACGAAGAAAGCAAGCGCCGUCCCCGUCCCCGUCCCCGUCGCCGCCGCCGCCGCUGCCGCUGUCGCCAGCCCCUGCCGCUGUUAGGGGGGCGAUAAAAUACCGGAGCAUGUACUCGCGGCGGAGGCUGCUCUCGCUCCUGCAGAACGCUCGCCUCGCCCCCGCAGGUCGUCUCGCCGCCGCGCCGCCUUCGAGGAGCUUCAGCCUGCCCCGCGCGGCCGACGGCGCGGCCUCCACCGCAGGUUCCAGUGAUGGUCACUUCAGUUGUAAGGGCUCAACAUAUGCCGCUAUACUGAUUGGGCAAGCAGCUGUUGUUCUUGGCCUGAGCAGCAACUCUGUAUUGGCUCAGGAUGAUUCGACCGCUCCAGCAGUUACAAGUGAGGAAGCUGAUGUAAAUGUUACCGGCCUACGUCGUAUUGAAGAUGGUUCGGUGAUCUCCAAUGAACACACGAUCAAAUGGAGAAUGUGCACCGAUAAAGCACGAGAGUUUUUCCUGCAAGCAAGUAUCUCAUUAUCAUUACCUUCAUCUGAACCACCUUUUGGCAUUAAUCCUUUUUCUGAGGAAAAAAAUCUUAGUACUACAUUAUAGUUUCCUUCUCUGUUGAAACAUAAUUCUCUUUAUUAUUCUUGUUUCCCGAAA